UCGGAGAGUAGCAGCGCCGACAUGAGUAGCAGCGCCGACAGUGUUCGAGCGAACGGAAGCACCAACGGCAGACCGCACCAGGAGAGCAUCGCUCGCGAGACCGCACUAGGACAGACCGCACCAGGACAGACCGCACCAGGAGAUGUUGCAGAGGAAACGCAGUGGUGGACCCGUCAGGAUGCCGUACUGGAACUGCUGUUGUACAAAGAGGAUGUGCGUGCGGAGAUAUUUGCCUUUACGGGCGGUCGACCGCAGCCGUAUUUGUUUGUAGGGAUGGUUUCAAAGUCGUGGCGAACGGUGUUGUUUGAAGGGAAACCACGGAACACCGCGGAAUCCCAUAUCGUGGCGUCGGUUCCUCGCGCCAUGGAGGCAUUACACUGCGGUUGGGAGCCGAGCAACGGAGCAUGGAAAGUUGUCGCAGCUCUGGGGAAUGUCCAAGUACUGAAUCUGUUGUUGGAUUGGUCCAAUGACGCAUGUGACCUCGAGUGGGGUGAGUGGGGCGAUCGAGUGUUCGCAGCUGCUGCGGAGGCAGGGCACACUGACGUUAUGAAGUUGUUGAUCGCGGCAGGCUGCAAUACAGAUCAGAUGGAAUUGAAGGCCUUAGAAGUCGCCGUAGAGUCAGGUAGUGCAGCCAUUCUAGACUGCUGCGACAGCUCUGACCUAGGUCGAGGCGAAGAUGGGUUCUGGGUUGACGAAGGGUGGGCGGUGGCCGAGGCUAUAGUAACCUCUCCUCUUCCAGAGGCGAUGGCCGGCAGAGAUUUUGGAAUGGUACGGUCUCUGUCGAGAUUUUCGCUGGCUGCCGGAGAAACCGGGGGAUGGAUGCAAGUUGAAAUUUUGCGCUAUGCCAAAGAUAACGACCUGAAGAUGCUACGAUGUCUGGAGGAAAUGAUCAUGUGUAGCGAUGGGCGUUUUGAAGGUUUGUUCUGGAGCACGUUCUGGACUGCGGCUUCAUAUGGCAGUUUUCGCACGGUGGCCCAGUUGUUGACUUGGUGGUGGACAGACGACGAAAAUCACGGGCUGCACGGGCUGGACGUAACGGGCGGGCAGCAACUUGUCCCGGACGGCGUCCUGUUCAUGGUAGCCAGACUCGGACAUUUGCAAAUGUUGCAGUGGUGCAGAACGAACUGUCCCUUGGUCUCCCGUGACUUGUGCCUGUAUUGCGCUUCGCCUAACGGCUGGUCGCGUGUACCCGCCGACGCCGCUGGCGCCGGGCAUGUCGAUUUAGUGUUGUGGUGCCUCGAUAACGGAUGGAAUUACAGUGAGAGGUGGAUGGAAUCCGCUGCCAAGGAGGGACGUUCGAAUGUCAUCGCGGCGUUGGUGGGGAGGGGUUUCGCAUGCCAGGUCCAAGUUGAACAGGCAGCCCCGUGUGAUGUGGAGGGGGAUGACCUCAUGGGACGGUAUCUUCGUGAUCUUCCGCGUUGCGAGUGGCAUUAAAUCUCGACCUUAAAGUAAAGUGGGGGUAGGUAUGAAGGUAUUUUUAGUUUGGAAACCGGUUGCGUUGGUAUUUUUAGUUUGGAAACCGGUUGCGUUGUGGUGUUGCGUUGUGAUUGUUGAGGGUAGAGCGGAUGGGGCAGUAGAGACGCGCGCAUGUCAAUCCAUGCUCGGGGUUAGAUGUUUUGAGGGAUGAUAUUGAUAUUUCAAGUUACUUUCUAUUUGGAGGACCGUGAAGGAGAUUGCUCUUGGAGGAAAUGUCUUCCAGCCGUGGUUCUCUCAAUUCU